CUGACUGUCAUCUGAUUUCUCUUUUUUGCAGCUUCCUUGUUAGCUGCCUCACGUCCAAGCACGAAAACAACGGUACCACUUAAUUUCUCUCCAUUUUCUCCCUUUUUCCGCUUCUUCUCUGUCCAUCGAACUGUAAAAACUCCUCGUCACCCGGCAGAAUUAUGGACGAGACGAGUCCGCUUGUCUCUCCGCUACGCGACUCAAAUGAUUUCAGCUACGGUCCCGCAGAGCCCACCAGCCCGCGGGGCGCCUUUGGAGGAACGCCGGGCUCUGUGGUGCGCAUCCCCGCCGGCAGUCCGAGUCGCAGCCGGGAGAGACAGCCGCUUCUGGACCGGGACCGUGGAACCUCACCGCGGGAUCCUCUCCGGAACGAAUUCCCGGAGGACCCCGAGUUCAGAGAGAUCAUCCGCAAGGCCGAGCGAGCCAUCGAGGAGGGGAUCUACCCAGAGAGGAUCUACCAAGGAUCCAGUGGUAGCUAUUUUGUCAAAGACUCUCACGGGAAGAUCAUUGGUGUGUUCAAACCUAAGAAUGAAGAGCCCUACGGCCAGCUUAACCCCAAAUGGACUAAGUGGCUCCAGAAACUGUGCUGUCCAUGCUGUUUUGGUCGCGACUGUUUAGUUCUCAAUCAGGGCUAUCUCUCAGAGGCCGGCGCUAGCCUGGUCGACCAGAAACUUGAGCUCAAUAUUGUUCCCAGGACCAAGGUGGUAUACUUGGCGAGUGAAACUUUCAACUACAGCGCCAUAGACAGGGUCAAGUCUCGAGGGAAAAGGCUCGCUUUGGAGAAGGUCCCAAAAGUGGGUCAGCGCUUCCAUAGGAUUGGACUGCCUCCUAAGGUUGGCUCCUUCCAGCUCUUUGUGGAUGGGUACAAGGAUGCAGAUUUCUGGCUUCGCAGGUUUGAAGCCGAGCCUCUGCCGGAGAACACCAACCGUCAGCUUCAGCUGCAGUUCGAACGGCUUGUAGUCCUCGAUUACAUCAUCAGGAACACAGGCAUGGGAAAUGACAACUGGCUUCUCAAAUAUGACUGCCCUAUGGACCCUGUGGGGAACAGGGAAACAGACUGGGUUGUGGUGAAGGACCCAAUAAUCAAGCUGGCAGCCAUAGACAAUGGUCUAGCCUUUCCUCUCAAACAUCCUGACUCCUGGAGAGCAUAUCCUUUCUACUGGGCAUGGCUCUCCCAAGCCAAAGUUCCUUUCUCCCAAGAAAUCCGAGAGCUGGUCCAACCAAAACUCUCUGACCCAAAUUUUAUCAAAGACCUCGAAGAGGACCUCUAUGAACUAUUCAAAAAAGACCCUGGUUUUGACAGAGGACAGUUCCAUAAGCAGGUUGCUGUCAUGAGGGGGCAGAUUCUGAACCUGUGCCAAGCCCUAAAGGAUGAUAAAACGCCGCUGCAGUUGGUCCAGAUGCCCCCGGUGAUUGUUGAAACAGCCAGAGCCCCCCAAAGAGCAAAUAGUGAGUCAUACACACAGAGUUUCCAGAGUAGAAGACCUUUCUUCACCUGGUGGUAGGGAGCAUGCAUUGGGAGGCGGAGAAGCAGGAGAAAAGAGUACAGGUUUGUCGCUUGGAAAUGGAUUUAAUUACCACCGUCCCCUCCUCCCCGAAUGGACACUGUAAUUACUGAAAGUGAGUGUGUGGGUAGAAAGAUGAGGCAAAAAGGGGAAGAAUUUUACAUCGGCUCUUCCUUGUUUGCCUUGGUGCCUUGUUUGGAUGUGAAGAAGUUUGAAAUAUUCCUUUUUGCAACGAGAAUUCGAAUGGACUCCCCACGGGGCACGUGUGAUCGCCCACGUGUGCAUGCCAAUCAGUCAAAAACAGAGGUUGUCUAACCGAAGAUGGGAGAUGUCUCAUCCCACAUCAAUAUUUUCUUCAUGCCGCUCUGCCUUUUAACAUUCACCUGCAUAGUCACCACUCCCACACUGUUUAAUGGACCGCACUGGUAUGGCCUAUUUUAAACCAAUAGUGGUCAUUAGUAUUUAAACCCUGAAAGUUUAGGAAAUGGACACACUGAGCACGUGUCGACACGGUGAGCACGAAAUGUGAAGUGGUUUCACAGCUGGAAAUGGAUUCUACCAACAGUUGACUUGACGUUGUUCAAGUCAUGUGGGGUGCUUAGAGAAGGCGUUUGUUACGCUGAAAUCAUUACAAGCCUAAUUAUUCCGCUUUCACCAAUGAGUUAAUUGACCAGUGAAGAAAACAGAAUCGACUGCCAGAAUUGAGGAGAGUGUUGUUGAUUUAUUGGUUUCUGAUAAUUACUUCAUUUUCUAGUCUUUUUCUCACUUGUCAGGUGGAACUGCAUAAAGUAACUUCCUGCUGUACAGAACAGACAUGAAAUGUAUUGUGACAAUGCACUGUAUAAUUUGUAUGUAAUAUUUAAUAAUAGAUUAUAAUAAUAAUAAAUCUUCCAUUCAUACAGGUAA